UUACAUUAUAUUUGAAAAUCAAAAGUGAAGGAUUACACAGUUUUAAUGUUAAAGUGCGAUCACGUUUUAAUUAAGCUACUUUAGUUUUAAGAACAUCAAUUAAAAACAUAGACAUUUUUUUUCUAAAUGUUAUCGAUAGCUUGCACGACCUUUGUCUUGUAUCACUCAUAAAUACAGUGUUUCAUAAAAUCAAACAAAUUUUCCAUAGAUUGAUGGAAUUAAAAUUGAAAAUUUAAAACAAAAAAAAAAUUUAUUAGUGAAAAUUAUCGAAAAUUUUAACAAAACAAUACAAUAAAAUGUGUUCGCUAAAUGUUGGUCAAAUUGUUUGGAUUUGUGUUAUUGGUGCUAUGACCGUGUGGCCUGUAUAUUCAUGGAAUCCAGACUAUUUUUUUUAUGAUGACGCACCGAUGCUGCCGCAUUAUGUAGACAGAGAUGAACCAAUGGGUCUGAAUCAAUAUAAAAUGCCAACAUAUCAAUGGCCACAAUGUAACUGUAUUAAAUUAAAAGAAUGUACAAUAUUUACAUUAAAAUUACGUUCGGCACCGAAACCACUGUCAUCAACUCUCAUGAAGGACAUUCGAAAGAAAGCUUGUGGUUUUGCUGGCGUAGAUCCGUUGGUAUGUUGUCCAUCAUCCGAUGUGCUGCCGCACGGACGCACUUUUCGCGAGGUUCACACAACGGAAAAACCAUGGAUCUGGGAUAGUCAAACGAAACCAAUAAAAAAACAACCAACAAAUCUAUUCAAUCGUUUGAAUCCGGAUGACGAUAAUUGGGGCCAAUCGAAGCAACAACAACCAAAUAACGUUCAUAGUCCAAAAAAACCGAUCACCGAUAAGAAUUUCUAUACACGCAAAACAAAAAAAUAUCACUUUUUCAACUUUGAAGAUCCGCGCACAUAUCGCAAUUGUCCGCCAAGUUUUUCACCCGAUUUUCAUAUUCCACCAUACUUUCAACAUGUAAAACCAUUGAAAAAUUUUCAUCAUAUAUCGAAUGAAGCGAACGGUUUCGAUUUCAAUCACGUUGACAACGAACCGAAUUUCAUUUUUCCGCAUGCAUUGCCAAAUUCAGUGAAUGAUGUGCCAACAUUUCCGUCGCGUGUUGCAAAACAUUCAAUCGAAAAAUUAAGUUUAAUCAAUGCCGAUAAUUGUGGCAUUUCAAUUCAACAAAGAAUUAUUGGCGGCGAUGAUGCUGUUCCCGGACAAUUUCCAUGGAUGGCACGACUGGCCUACCGAAAUCGAACAUCACAACUGGUUUCGUAUCGAUGUUCCGGUUCCGUAAUAAGUAAAAAAUAUAUUUUAACGGCAGCACAUUGUGUCAGCAAUCUUGUGGACGAUCUAGAAUUGAUUUAUGUGCGACUCGGUGAAUUGGAUUCAAGGUCAAAUUUGUGCGAUAAUAACCGCAAUUUAUGUAAUGAACCACAAGACUAUGAAAUUGAAUCAAUCGAACAUCAUCCAAGCUAUGAUAUGCCAAAAUAUGCAAACGAUAUUGCAUUAAUACGAUUGCGACACAUCACAAAUUCAAGCUUUGUAAGCCCCUUGUGUUUGCCACUCGGCCCAUAUGAAGCGACCGAUAAGAAUUUAGACCAAAAAAUGGCCAUCGUUGCUGGCUGGGGUGUUUCUACACCUCUUUUAGGCGGUGCGGUCAAUCCAAUGCUACAAUAUAUACGUUUACCAAUUGUAAAUACGCAAUCAUGUGCCAAUUCAUAUGCGAGCUACAGUGCAAAUUCACGUAUACCAAUCAUCAUCUCAGAGAGUCAACUGUGUGCACAGGGAACUACGAAUCACGAUGCGUGCCAAGGCGACAGCGGCGGACCGCUCAUGAGAGAAGAUAGCCAGACUGGUCGAUAUAUUCUGUUGGGCUUAGUUUCAUUUGGACCACGAACGUGCGGUGUUGCGGCGUUUCCAGGCGUUUAUUCACGUACGUCAGCACAUUUGGACUGGAUUUUGAACACUAUACAACUGUGAUUUUAUUUACUUAAUAUUUAAGUGCGUACAAUUGUAAUGUGCAAAAUGGAAAUGUCCAUUUUUUGCUUUUAUGGCUAAUGUAUGUUGAUUUUCUCACGUCAAAGUGGAUGCCCACCCAUUUUCAAUAUUUUUUUUUUUCGAAUAUCGGUCAAGAAUUCCGUGCUAUUGGAACUUUGUCUAGAUGUCAGUACAUCAUACAUACAGAAUGUCCACUUUUUUCCCUUGCAUGGAAAAACAAUACUGGUAGCUUUAAGUAAGGAUCUCUUAUAAGCUUGCAACGAAUAGUUGUUGCAUUUUUUCUUAUCAUGUUAAUCAUUUAAGUAUAAAAAUGUAUCAUGAGAACAAUGCAUGCAUGGCCCAAACCAAAUGGCUCAAUAUUUAUUUUCUUUCUAUCGCUCGCUCUCUCUCUC